UACACCUGCUGUUGAUUGUGCCCGUUGCGAAUAGGUGGAAAGUUAUUGUUUAUUAUUAUCAUCAUCAUUAGAGUGGUUGCGAGUGUUGGUGCUCUAUCGUGCUGGUGGACCGAGUGGAAAGUGCAGUCGAAAGCUGGAUGGAUGUAGGUUGCAUGGUUGGAUGGUUGGCAGCUGAAGACGUCUGCCAGCUGGAGGAGGAGGAGGAGCGAGAAGAGAAGAAAAGAAGAAGGAGGUGCAGGAGGAGGAAGAGAAAGCGGUGCAGCCACGCUCCAGCGGCUGUGAACUUGAUUUCCUCGGCGGGCCAUUGCUGGGCCAGGGUCACAGGCCCUUUGCGAGACGUGAACUUGAGACGCCGGUGGGUGGUGGAGAAAGAGACACAAAGAGACACCGCGAAAAAAGCGCCGAACGACACGAACCUUGAACCCAUCGGAGGCAAGCGGGCGUGACGGACCCGUGACAGCAGGACCGAUGGAAACUCGGAUCGCAAGAGGAGGCGGAGGCGAGGAACUGGGUCAUGAGGGAGGGAAGAGAACCAUGAGGGAAAAUCGUGAGGCAGAGCAGAGGCACUCGUCAGCUGUACCUCCGGCGUGCGUCUUCAGUUGUCUCCGGCGGGUUGCACGAUGCAGUUGCAUGAUCAGCAGUAGCAGCAGUGAAGAAGAUACACUGUGACAUCGAGUUGGACUUACGUUAUUCCAACAGGAGACGCUACAGUGAAAGGAGUCCUCGUGCGUGGACUUAUACCUGGAGCUUUAAUGGACUUCGACUCAAGUCCAAGUGCUGACAGUGACAGAAAAAAUAAUAACUUAGUGAUUGUGCAUUUACUUUUCGACUUCGUGAAUGGAAACACGUGCGUGACUGUGAAUAAGAAAAUUGAUCGGUUUUCUUUUGUGUAAGGAAACAUUGUGAGUCUUAGAAACAAGACACUGCGCAAGAGAGUGUGUUAAAACAUUUUUUUCCGGUAACAAGAAUAAAAAACAAAACAAAUAAAACUUGACGUUCCACUCACUACACUGUUUUGGAAGACCUACAGCCAAGAUGACGGCCAUCAUUCAUAGAAGCAAUGUUCUCCAGCAUCAAAUUAUGGUUGCUGAGACGGUGAAGUACCCGGUGAACUACCCGGCCCUCAUCCCGCUGUCGCCAUCCGUGGCGGGCCUCGGCUACAACACGUGCUCGUCCUCGUUGCUGCACGCGGCCAACUACUCGCCCAGCCACAUCAUGGACUCCAAGGCCUCUUCACAGCUGCAGCAGCCUCAGCAGCAGCAACAACAGCAGGCGGCCCAGCAGCAGGCUCAGCAGCAGGCGCAGCCGUCGCAGGGCCUGCAGGGUGGGCAGGACACACCCGUAGGCCUGGGCGCCCCCGGCCUGAGCAUUCCCUCCACACUGGAACUCGCCGCGCAGCUCCGCAAGAAGGAGAUCUUCACGCAGCGCAAGCAGCGCGAGUUCAUCCCCGAGAACAAGAAGGACGAGUCGUACUGGGACCGGCGGCGCCGCAACAACGAGGCGGCCAAGCGGUCCCGCGAGAAGAGGCGCUUCAACGACAUGAUCCUCGAGCAGCGCGUCGUUGAGCUCUCCAAGGAGAACCACGUGCUCAAGGCCCAGCUCAACGCCAUCAAGGACAAGUACGGUAUCCUGGGCGAGACGCUCAUCAACAUGGACCAAGUGAUCGCCAACAUGCCGCAGACGGAGCAGAUCCUCAACAAGCGGACCAAGUUCUCGCAGGCGCUCAUCACCCUGGGCAGCCCCCCCUCCGUCACGUCGCUCCUCAGCCCCAACGGCAGCUGCGCCUCCAGCCCCCCGCCCCCCAAUGCCCACUUCCAGGACCCAGAGUCUCCCUCGCAGUACUCCCACUACGCCCCGCCCGUCCAGAUGGACGACCACGAGAGCCCCUACGACGCGCCCUCGCAACAGUACCCACCGACGUCCGCGAGCGACCUCUACCACAGCCAGAACGCCCUCAACCUAUCCGCCCGCACGUCCACGUCGUCGUCGUCGCACUCGCCGUCGUCCCACAUGGACUACUCGCCCAGCGACGUCGAGCUGUCGCGCCGCUCGCCCGUCAGCGAGGCCGGCUCGUCUCUGCCACACAAGCUUCGUCACAAGAGCCACCUAGGCGACAAGGACGCCGCGCAGUCGCUGCUGGCGCUGCACGGCAUCAAGACAGAGCCCCACGACGGCCACCACGAGGCCGCCGAGGACUCCGUCGGCUCCUCGGACGAGCGCGACUCUGGCAUCAGCUACUCCUCCUCCUCGCCGUGCUCCGACUACCACCGGACGUCGGACACCAGCUCCUCGCCCAUCUCCAACAGCAGAACACAGCCGAGCCUGCCCAUGCAGCACUACCAGCAGCAGCAACAGCACCAUCACCACCACUCCCACCACCACCACCAGCAGCACCCACAGCAGCAGCAGUCGUCCCCCCCACAGCAGCAGCAGCAGCAGCAGCACGGGGACGCCGAAGACAGCCUGGAGUACGAGAACACACACCUCAGAUCCGAGCUGGAGCGGCUGGCGAGCGAGGUGGCGACCCUCAAGUACAUGUUCGUGCGCAGACCGCGCUCCGAAACGGACUCGGACGGGUCGCGCUGAGGACGCGGCCGCGGCGGACACCUUCUCCCCUCCGGUGUGUGAGUGCGUGCAAAAGUGAGUGUGGCUGUGAAAUGGGCGUGCGAAACCGCGCCCAUGUGACGUGGGCGGCCCGUGACGAGUGUGAUAUUCACACGACGACGGACGAACUUA